AUGAGUUACGCCGACCAGAGGCAGAAGCCCUUGGAAUUUGAGGAAGGAGACCAUGUUUUCCUUAAAGUUACUCCAGCCACAGGAGUAGGUAGGGUGAUUAAAGCAAAGAAGUUGAAUCCUCGGUACAUUGGUCCACUUCAGAUCCUAGAGAGGAUUGGACUGGUGGCGUAUCGAAUGGCUCUACCACCUCACCUUUCGAACCUGCACGAUGUAUUUCAUGUGUCACAGCUUCAGAAGUACACUCCUGAUGCUAGCCAUGUGGUUGAACCUGAAUUGGUUCAGUUAAGAGAAGAUUUGACGCUUCUGAUGGCUCCAGUCAGAAUCAAUGAUACUAGUAUCAAACGAUUGCGUGGAAAGGAGGGCCAAAUUAGCUUGAAGAGAAGGCUUGUUCUUGCUCUCUUGGUCCUUGAGUAA